UUUCAGCGUGCUACUCCGCAUAUCCCACGAUUUGACCCCACGCGAGAGCUUGUUCAUUUCCAAACCGAAAAAUCAGACUCAACCCAACGACUGGUUAGAAAUAUACUCUUUUUGGACUAUGGGUUUGCAGAAGAGUAUCCGUCAACUUCACUACCAAGAUCAGAAUGACAGUGUGCAUGUCAAAGUACAAGAGCUACUUGACCCUUCAUAUGGCAGCUAUAUUUGGCCGUCCUCGCUGGUUCUGGCGGAAUACGUUUGGAAGCAUCGAUUUCAGUUUGCCAAUAGCCGUGUAGUCGAGCUUGGUGCAGGUACUGCACUUCCUUCGCUUAUACUUGCGAAAUUUUUCUAUCAAAAAUCGACACAACUCAUAGUCACCGACAUUGCUCCUAUCUUGCCAAAUAUCAUAGCCAAUUGUGAUUUAAACGGAAUACCUCAAUUAGGAUCAACGCUCUGGGUUCGAGAAUUGGCUUGGGGAACGUUUGGCAGCCAUGGGAUAGAUAGUCUAUUAAACGACAUCGAUACGCAGUGGCAUGAAAAGAUUGACUGGAUCCUAGGUAGCGAUACCUUUUAUGAUCCAGCUGACUUUGAAAAGCUUUUGAUGACCGUUUCAUACAUCAUACAUAGACACAACAAAAAUGCUAAAUUCAUCACAGCUUACCAAGAGAGAAGCUCCAAACGAUCGAUACAGCUUUUACUGGAUAAGUGGUCUUUAACCUGUCGUCUUAUCCCGAAAGAAUCUUUCGGUUUUGAAGAUGCUCGAUAUAUACAAGACGAGGAAUCCAGCUCAGAUGACGGGUUACCAAAUGAAAAUGUAGCAUCAGUAAAAAUCAGAUCUGGAGCAUUAGCCAGUGUGUUUUUAUUGGAAAUAUCCUCUACUCCGCCUUGACAGUAGCAACAACACACAGUAUUGUGAAAGCAUCUUCAACGGAACAAUACCUUGAUAGACCCAAAAACGUUCGUAAGCGAGACUCUU